GGUCUGGAGCUGGUCGAUUACAGGUCCUCCUGUUUCUCAGACAGCUGCAGGAAGGAAACCAGACGCUUUGGGUCCGACUCAACACUGCAGUCUGCUCUCACUUUUUACAAGACGUUGUAACAUUGAGACUCAGUUAUCUCUGUCCUGCAGCAGCUGAGAGGAUGUUGAUUGUUGAGUGAGCUUGGCGUUGAUUGGAGGUUGAGUGUUGGCAGGGUUUUGGAGCGGUGUGUUGAUUGGAUGUUGGGUAUUGGCAGAGUAUCCCAGUCACCUUUCGGAAGAAACUGAUUGCACAUUUAGCCUAAAGUUGAUUCUCGUAGGGAUCAAUUGGGAACAAAACGUGUUGAAUGAGAUGACUAAUCGUCCGAAGUGGUAAAUGUGGAACCUAGCCUUUUGGAAAACCAGCAACAAUUCCAUCUGUACAGACAUGCAAACAUGCACGUUGGUUUUCCACACGUGUUUCCACAUGUUUUCCAUAUCAUUGUAUAUCGGGGGACAAUGUCAGACCCCACCACCCCACUGAGAAACUAUCGGAUAGAACCUCUCGCACAGCAAGAUAUGCAUAUUUAACCGGUGAAAUAUCUUGGUAAUCUAUUUUCGAGGUUUGGUGCUUGGAUGAGUGAUGUUGGCAGGCAUUUUCUGAGGAUGAGCUAUCACUAAUCCUGAGUGUCUUCUUUCCAGGAACGCUGCCAGCUCAAACAGCUGCAAGAGCAGAUCCUCUGGAACAGCAGGAAGCAGACAAUUGGCAGCAGCAACAGGAAGUCCCGCCUCCAGCCGCAGCAGCAGCAGCAUCCACCACAGGAAGCACCUCCUCCACCUGCGCCGCCGUCCCCGCCGCUGCCCCCUCCUCCGUCCAACAGGAGUUAGAGACCAGCGCUACCAUGCAGACCAGCACCUUCAACUACGCCCGGCCAAAGCAGUUCAUCGCCGCCCAGGUCCCCGGGGCCGGGGGGGGCUACGUCACCCAGUCCUCCAGCUCCUCCACCUCCAGCGUCUCCUCCCCCAUGUCUCCCCUCCCUCCAACAAGCCAUUCAGCAGAGUCACCCUGCCUCCCUUCACCAAGACCUCCAGCCUGGACUCCCCCGUCUCCCCCUCCUUCCCCCCGCCCCCUCCUCCCUUCUUCAGCUCCUCCAUGGCUUGUCCUCCCCCUCGAGCUCCAACGCCAACGACUUCCCCCCUCCCCCGCCUCCCCCUCCCUCCCCCUCCUCCCCCCCUGCCUGCCCUCCCCUCCCACCUCCUCCCCGGCCCGCUCCAACACCUCCUCUCCCUUUUCAGCUCCGUGCCCCCCUCCCCGGCCUCCAGCUACCUGUCCUCCAUGCUUCCCUCCAGCCCCUCCAGUCCCCGGACCCCGUCCAGCCCGGUGGUCAAACGCCAUGGGGCUGCCCAGGGGCAACAGCACCGUCAGGGCGUUGCCAAGGAAACCCUCCCUGAACAGGACCCCGCGGGCGACCUCGGACUCGGACAUCCAGGGCUCCAAAGACGCCGUGAUCCAGGACCUAGAGAGGAAGCUGCGCUUCAAGGAGGAACGCCUCAGCAAUGGCCAACAGAGGUUAACCUAUGAGGAGAAGAUGGCACGUCGCCUGCUGGGGGCCGACAACGCUGCCAGUGUCUUAAACACGCAAGAAACAGAGGAGGAGACCCCAACGCAGGAGUACAAGGUAUCCAGCUUCGAGCAGCGUCUGAUAAGUGAGAUUGAGUUCCGUCUGGAGCGCUCGCCGGUGGAGGAGUCGGACGACGACGUGCAGCACGAUGAAGACGCGGAUGGCACAGGGGCCCCGCCCUCCUAUGCUCACAAGCUGAAGCACCUCAAGGUGUUCGAGGGCAUGCCCGUUACCUUCACCUGCAAGGUCCACGGAGACCCCAAACCUAAGAUUUACUGGUUUAAAGACGGCAAGCAGAUCUCCAAGAGGAGCGAACACUACAGGAUCAGCCGCGAGGCGGACGGAACCUGUUCCCUGCACACCGCUGCCGCCCUGCUGGACGAUGACGGCAACUACACCAUCAUGGCUGCCAACCCACAGGGGAAAAUGAGCUGCACUGGCAGGAUGAUGGUUCAGGCAGUGAACCAGAGGGGGCGGAGCCAACGCUCCACUCCUGGACACAGCCGCAGGCCUAGGUCCAGGUCACGUGACAGCGGUGAUGAGAACGAGAACAUCCAGGAGCGCCACUUCCGCCCCCACUUCCUGCAGGCACCAGGUGACCUCAUCGUCCAGGAGGGCCGUCUCUGUCGCAUGGACUGCAAGGUGAGUGGCUUGCCCACACCCGACCUUCUCUGGCAGCUCAACGGGCAGACCAUCCGCCCGGACUCCGCCCACAAGAUGCUGGUCAGGGAGAACGGCGUCCACUCGCUGGUGGUCGAGCCUGUGUCAAGCCGCGACGCCGGCAUCUACACCUGCAUCGCCAGUAACCGGGCGGGACAGAACUCCUUCAACCUGGAGCUCAUUGUCGCAGCCAAAGAGAUGCACAAGGCCCCAUCCUUCGUGGAGAAGCUGCAGAACACCAGCGUUGCCGAGGGUUACCCCGUACGUCUGGAGUGUCGGGUCACCGCCGUGCCCUUCCCACAGAUCUUCUGGAAGAGGGAGAACGAGUCCCUCACACAUAACACAGAGAGAGUGAGCAUGCACCAGGACAACUGUGGCUACCUGUGUAUGAUCAUCCAGCCGGCCAUGAAGGAGGACGCCGGCUGGUACACAGUCUCAGCCAAGAACGAGGCGGGCAUUGUGUCCACCACCGCACGUCUGGACGUCAACACUCCAUGGCAACAGCCCAACCAGCCCAAGCCCAGGAAGGUGCGUCCGUCGACUAGCCGCUACGCAGCACUGACGGAGCGGGGGCUGGACGUGAAGGCCGCCUUUUUCCCUGAUGCCGGCCAACUGGCCCCCGGGGCGCUGGUGGAGAGCGACGACCUGUAGAGAGCCCAUCCCUAACCCUCACCCCUGACCCCUUCCCGCCUCCCAACACACCGUGACUGAUACUUUAGCAGCCAAUGGACGGACAAUGGGACACGGUCACAGAACCCCCCCCCCCCCCCCCUCACCUUACCCUGCAACAUAGCCCAUAAUAACUCAUAUUCAAAUGUGUUAUAGUCUGGCACAGCGCCCCGGAAACACCACUGAAGAAGACCUCUUUCUGUCCGACUAAACGUUAACUUUCAAAUAACGUUAUUGAAACGUCGAGUGGACUGUACAGUAGACACCAUUGAAAUGUCACAUGCCUGGUGACACAACACAAGGUUUUGGAGUAAUAACAAAUCAUUAUUAUGCAUGUUUAUGUGGUGCCAUAUUUUACAUUGACUUUUACGUUAAAAAUGUCUCCCACAAACUGUAAGGGAUUGGACAACUGCAGAGGAAAAGACAACUCGGGGUUCAUCCAGAGGUAGAGGGAUUGGACGAUUCAAAGUGGAAUAGGUUCAGUUGUUGGUUCACUUUGUUGCAUAAAAACACACACAAAAUGGUGUGGUUAUGUUUGCCUCCGUGCUGCAGUCCGUCCAGAUGUACGUAGCGCGGUGAUGACGUAGAUACACAACUUCAACUUGCGAAUGUUGUCAGGUUAAAGCACAAUGUUUCAGAUGCUUCACAAGGCCGGGCCUAAGUUUCUUCUUCUUGCAUUGUUUUUGUAUUUGAUUAGCAAUGAGGUUUUUAAGUAGGCCUAUGUAAGCUUUCUGUUGAUUGGUGAAAGGAUACUCAAAGCAAAGACCAGAAGUAGAAUGUGAUAAAAGUAACGUAUUGGAAUCUACAUCAUGAGGUAAGAAGUUUGGCAAGGGAAAGUCGAUGUUGGAAUUGAAACGGGGAUGAUGGUGAUGAUUGUUUUGAAGGGUUAAUGGUUGAACCUAUAAGUGCGAAUUUCAAUGAAUGUGAAAGGCUUUGCGACAUAUGUGCAUCAUAAACGCAUUAUAACCUUUUUUAUUUGUAUGUGGCCUACUUUAUUUAGGUCUACUUUCACAAACCUUAAUUUAUCCUGUCUUCUCAAAUGUGCAAUUAUAAAACAAUGUUGCAUUGUGAAAUGAAAUGAAAUAUAUAUAUAUAUAUAUAUAUAUAUAUAUAUAUUUAUUAACAAUUAUAACCGUGCAAACACUUUUAAGCUUAAUGCAAGAAGUUAUUUUUUGACACUGGUUUGCUUCAAAAUUUCACAAAUAUUUCGAUACUUCAAACGCAAGAGCAGUUUUAGUUAAAAUGUCAUACAUCUAAGAUCUGGGACACACCGAUGUAGGUUUACGAAUUACUAUACCGAUCUGUGCCUGUAUUUGGAUUGUUCUUUUGCCAUCUAUUGUAGUUUAUGGAAAAAUCCAUUAAAAAACAAGAAAUGUGA